GCGACAGUCACAGUGGUCCAAAGCCAUGGACCCCGGAAAGGCGAAUUACGUCAGCAAUCCUUCGGCCACGCGCGCUUAGACCCAACACAGUUCAUACUCGACUCCCAACGUCCUCCUCGUCGCCCUCGCAAUGGAAGAUACAACGCCUUCCGGUCGUCCCAUCAUUGACAGGGGAAAGACGGCCCCGUUCCUCAUCCGCACCUUCAUCAAAAUCGGCAGCUUCCACCGUGUUGCACAGUUCGAAGAUGGCCCUAUUCCAACAGCGGACGAGCACCAAAUCUUUACAUGGAAGGAUGCAACACUGCGCGAAGUGCUGACCACCCUCCGCGCAACUGCACCCGCCCUGCCCGAGAUGCGGCAUCCUCUCGCGCGCUACUCCUUCCGUACGCUCUACGCCGACAGUGCGACGCGCGGGCGACUGAAUCAAAAAGACCUCGGCAUCGUCUACUCGCGCGACAUCCUUGGCGAGCCCGGCUCGCUGGCUGCACCCGCACCGCGCCUCCUCACUGAUGAGGACGUCCCACCAGGCGACGACGAGCGUUCGCUCGAUGAGCUUCGCUUCGUGCCCGGUGAUUAUCUUUGCGUCGCCGUCCUCCUCCCGAAGAACGCCACAAUCCCGGGACCUGGCGGCGAGCUCGCCAUCAAAGGCAGCGCUACGCCUGUGAGUGCUCCUGCAGCAAAUGGCUGGAAGAGUGGUGCGAGAACGGACGGCGGUUGGGGAGGGGGUGCAUCCGUUGCCGCUGGUCCACCAGGUGGGCUGGGAAGGGGCGGUGGACAUUGGCGCGGCGGCUCAGACGCGCCCCCAGCUGGGCCGCGUGGUGGGCGUGGUGGACGCGGUGGGUUUGGUGGAAGGGACAGGGAUGACGACAGGCGCGUGCCCCCUCCACGCCGAGACUCACCACCUCCGCCGAGGAGGGAUACCCGGGGUGACCGUCGAGACAGACGGGGUGGCUCACGGUCGAGGAGUCCGCCGAGGCGGCGGUUGCGAUAUGACUGAGGUGUGCUGUAUUCUAUUCUGUUUUCUCGCAAUUACAUGUCGGGCUGCUCUGCUUCGUGCUGUCGUCAAUCCACGUCGGUUAUUAUAUGAUCGUAUGCUCGGUUCGACACAAC